AUGUUGACAAAUCAUAUCAUAUUAAAAAAAACCAAAAGGGGAAGUAUAUUAAAGGUUGUGCGAGAGCAUUAUUUGAGAGAUGACCUUUGGUGUGGUUCUACAUUAUGUGGCAAAUGCAAACAAAAACCUAAGGAUAAAGUUCUGGAGAAAUCUACAGAAUCUCUCAGUUCAUUAAUUAAAGAAAGUCAUUAUGUUGUGUUAGAUUCAAGUGUUAUUAUUGAUCAGAUAGAUGUUUUACAAGAAAAUGUUAUAUGUAAUGCAAUUAUACUACAAACAGUUAUAAAUGAUCUCCAAAAUAAAAAUACAGUUUUUUACAUGAAGUUAAAAGAUAUAAUAGCCAAUCCUAGUAGGCAUUUUUGUGUUUUUGUUAAUGAAAAUCACAAAGAAACAUAUAUUGCGAGAGAACAAGGAGAGAAAAUAAAUGAAAGAAAUCAAAGAGCAAUCAGAGUGGCUACUAAAUGGUACUCUAAUCAUCUUAACAAUGCUGUUAAAAUUGUUUUAAUAACAGAUGAUGUUGAAAAUAAAGAAAAAGCCAUAGCAGAAGGAAUUCCUGCUUUUUCAUCCGAAGAAUAUGUAUUGAGUUUAAAUACAAGUAUUCCAUUAGCCGAUAAAUUGUGUCAAAAAGAUUGUGAAAAAGAAAAUGCAGGGGAACCAUUGUAUCCCUGCCAUUACACUCCAAAUGAAAUACAUCAAGGAAUCAAAAAUAAAUCCCUACUUUAUGGCCAAUUUUUUGCACAGAGAGAUAAUUUUUUAGAAGGCACUGUUAGAGUUGAAGGGCAAGAGUUGUCAGUUUUGGUUCAAGGUAGAAAAGCUCUUAACCGAGCCGUCGACGGAGAUACAGUUGCAGUAAAACUUUUACCAGAAAGCCAAUGGGUAGGAUCAAGUGAUUUAGUUUUAAAAGAUGAAGACGAAGAGGAAGAUGUUGAAAUGAUUAACGUAGACGAAGAUAUAAUUAAAGACGCGGGAAAUGAAAAGGGUGAUAAAAAACCAACAGGAAUAAUCGUAGGAAUCAUAAAAAGAAAAUGGCGUCAAUACUGUGGAAUAUUAAAUAAAAGCUUACUCGAAAAUGCAACCAGGCAUAUUUUCGUACCGGCAGAGCGUAAAAUUCCAAAAGUUCGAAUAAUAACGAAACAAUCGGAAUUUUUAAUGAGUCAAAAAAUUGUUGUCGUUAUAGAUUCUUGGCCACGUCCGAUCGGAGAUAAGGAAACAGAAAACGAAGUUUUACUGUUGGAACACGAUGUACCACACAGUAAAUUUUCCGAAGCUGUUUUAAGUUUUCUACCAGAAUUACCAUGGAUAAUUACCGAAGACGAUUUGAAAAACCGCGUGGAUUUACGUCAUUUAGAUAUUUGUUCUGUCGACCCUCCUGGAUGUACGGAUAUCGAUGACGCCUUGCACUGUCGGAAAUUGGACAAUGGAAAUUUCGAAGUUGGCAUUCACAUUGCGGAUGUAACGCAUUUCAUAAAACCUGGAACGGCACUCGAUAAAGAAGCCGCUCUAAGAGGAACAACCGUUUAUCUCGUUGAUAAAAGGAUCGACAUGGUUCCAGAAUUGCUGAGUUCGAAUUUGUGUUCGCUUCGGGAAAACGAAGAUCGUUUUGCAUUUUCGUGCAUCGUCGAAAUGACAAAAAAAGGCAAAAUUCUCAACACGAAAUUUCACAAGAGCGUCAUUCGGUCGAGGAAAGCGAUGACGUACGAAGAAGCUCAAUUGAAAAUAGAUGAUAAGAAACAAAAUGAUAACGUUACUCAAUCUCUCAGAUGGUUAAACAAUUUGGCGAAAAUAAUUAAGAAAAAAAGGCUGGACAACGGAGCUUUGGUUUUGGCAUCUCCCGAAGUUAAAUUUCUCAUGGACAGCGAAACUCACGAUCCCUUGGACGUGGAAGCAAAAAAAAUUCGCGACACGAAUUCGAUGAUUGAAGAAUUCAUGCUUUUGGCAAAUAUUUCCGUUGCUGAGAAAAUUUUUAAAGAUUUUCCGGAAUGUGCCGUUCUUAGGAGACAUCCGAAACCUCCGCUGUCUAAUUUUGAACCUCUGAUAAAAGCCGGUCGCGUUCAGAAUUUCGACAUAUCCGUGGACACGGGGAAAAGCCUGUCGGUGAGUUUGGAAAAAGCAGUCAAACCUAACAAUCCUUAUUUUAACACAAUGUUAAAAAUCCUCGCGACAAGAUGUAUGAUGCAAGCCGUUUAUUUUUCAUCCGGAAUGUUCAAAGAAGAAGACUUCUUUCACUAUGGUUUAGCUUGUCCGAUAUACACUCAUUUUACGUCGCCGAUAAGGAGGUACGCGGAUAUAAUUGUUCAUCGAUUGUUGGCAGUUUCGGUGAAUGCGGAUUCAACGUAUCCUGAACUUUUAGACAAGAGAAAAACGCAAGAAUUGUGUAAUAAUUUGAAUUAUAGGAAUCAAAUGGCUCAAUACGCGGCCAGAGCUUCUGUCGCGCUUCACACUCACCUUUUCUUUCGCGAUAAAGUUCAAGACGAAGAAGGUUACAUUUUGAGGGUCAGGAAAAACGCUCUGCAGAUUUUGAUACCGAAAUACGGUUUGGAGGGUACCCUGUACGUGAGUGGGAAAAAAGAAUUGGACGUCAUAGGUUUCGUUUACAACGACGAGACACAAACUCAAAGGUGCGGUGACGUCAUUUUCAAAGCGUUCGAUCCGGUAACCGUUCAAUUAUCAUUGGAUAGAAGUAACGUUCAACGUGAAAAAUUAUUUUUCCGGUUGGUAAAUCCUAAGGUACGUAAAUUGUUAAGGUUAUUGUUUUUCUUUCCAAAAAACAUUUGCCGCGUUUUACUGAACAAGGUACAAACCACACUAUACGUUCGAUUACUGGAAAAUGUGGUGGGGAGGGGAAAAGGGGGAAGAGGAAGGGGAAGGAAAAGGUAG